AUGGCCGGCGUCGCUGCUCCUCCGCUCCGGGUGCUGGUGGAUCUGGACGGGGUCCUGGCCGACUUCGAGGGCGGGCUGCGGAGGGGCUUUCUCGCUUCCUACCCUGGGGAUCCCCACGUGGAACUGGCGGAGCGGAGGGGCUUCUCCGCCCGGGAGCAGUACCGCUGCCUGCGGGAGGACCUGGGGGAUAAGGCAGCCAAUGUGUACGAGUCCCCGGGCUUCUUUCUGAGCUUGGAUCCUAUUCCAGGAGCUAUUGAAGCAAUGCAAGAAAUGAUCCAAAUGCCAAACACUGAAGUUUUUAUUUGCACAAGCCCUCUACGGAAAUAUCAGUACUGCAUCCCAGAGAAGUACAGCUGGACUGAAAAGCACUUGGGUCCCAGAUUUGUGGAACGAAUAAUCCUGACCAGAGAUAAGACAGUUGUGUCGGCUGAUUUGCUGUUUGAUGACAAGGAUGUGGUUACAGGGGUGGAGCCGAAUCCAAGCUGGGAACACAUCUUGUUCUCUUGUUGUCAUAAUAAGCAUCUAAAGCUGCAGCCUCCACGAAGGCGACUGGAGUCUUGGACCGAUGACUGGAGGGCGAUACUGGAGAGCAAACGCUCCAAGUGAUGUCUAAAAGAGUGGGGCACACACUUCACCUGG